CAACUGGUCAUAUGCUGGAAAUAAGGCUGCAAUCUGUUGAAGACUUGGUCAUAAACUAUUUUUAGCUCUUCCCUUUCAUUAAGACAAGCACCCCCCGGAAUGCAAGCAAAACCUCCCCCGUAUGUCUUGUCUCUAAAAGAAGAUACCUUGAAAUUCUGUUUCUGUGGUGUCGGAGAUAUUUGGAGCUCCUAUUUUCUACCUCCACAAAUAGCUUUCCACCAAUCCUUUCCUCAACAUUAUUGUAACAUCCGCGUUUCUCCCAGUCCAUAUGUACUAUAAGCUGCCUUGGGGUUGUCCUAGGGAGUUUUAACAAUGGCAAACCCAAAGGCCUGUGUCCGUUUUCUCUUCCUUUCCCUUCUCACGUUUUUUUCUUUGUCUCUAGCAUUAACUGAUGGCGAGGUAGCAUAUAUUGUGCGCCGCCAGCUUUUGACUCUCCCCGAGGAUGGAGACCUUUCCGAUGAUAUGUCAUUUGAGGUCGAUGUCAAUAUUGGGUUCGAGAAUUCGAGGUUAAGACAAGCUUAUAUUGGCCUUCAGGCGUGGAAGAAAGCCGUCUAUUCUGAUCCGUUAAACUUUACGGCUAAUUGGGAUGGCCCUGACGUCUGUGCUUACACCGGUGUAUUCUGUGCACCAGCGCUAGACGAUCCCAAAACGAUCGUGGUUGCUGGGGUUGAUUUGAAUCAUGCCGACAUUGCAGGACAUCUCCCUGUUGAAAUCGGGCUUUUGACUGAUGUUAGCCUUAUUCAUUUGAAUUCCAACAGGUUUUGUGGAAUAAUUCCAAAGAGCAUCUCUAAACUAAAACUUCUUUACGAGCUCGACAUUAGUAACAAUCGCUUCGUUGGAUCUUUCCCUAAGGUUGUCUUGGAUUUACCAACUCUCAAAUACCUCGAUAUAAGGUACAAUGAUUUUGAAGGGUCUUUGCCUCCGGAACUCUUCCACAACGACCUUGAUGCUAUUUUUGUUAACAACAACCGAUUUCACUCCAACAUCCCCGAAAGCUUUGGCAAUUCCCCAGCUUCAGUAAUUGUGAUUGCCAACAACAAAUUCACUGGAUGCAUUCCAACCAGCAUUGGCAAAAUGGGAAACACAUUGGAGGAGGUUCUUUUCUCGAACAACAUUUUCUCCGGUUGCAUGCCUGAGGAAAUUACACUAUUGAAUGGCACGAUCAUUAUUGACGUAAGCAGCAACAAGUUAAUUGGAGACCUGCCUGAAGGUCUGGAGUAUCUGCAGCAAGUGGAAACCUUAGAAAUUGCAAACAACAUGUUCAGAGGGAAUGUCCCUGAAACAGUUUGCAGCUUACCAAAUUUGAAGAAUUUCACGUUCUCUUCCAACUACUUUACAGCCAAGGAUCCAAUGUGCGAACCCAAGGCAGUGCAAGACCUUUUCGUGGAUGACAAAAAUAAUUGUUUCCCAGGGAAGAACCAAAGAUCGGAAAAGGCCUGCAAGGCUGCCUUGAGUCGGCCUGUGAAUUGCACAGCUACAGGCUGCAGACCUUCAAACCCAGGCAUUGGUUCAAAGCCCCCGCAUGAACCUACUCCAUCGCCAAAGCCUGUAGCUCCGCCAAGGAAUAAGCCUGUCCCACCACAGGAGAAACAUCCUUCCACCCCAUCAGCACCAAAACCACAGCCACCAAAGCCAGAGACACCAAAUAUUUCGCCUUCUUCUCCACCCCCACCAAGUCCUAAACCGAAGUCUCCACAACAACCAAAGGCUUCUUCUCCACCUUCCACCACCAAACCCCCACCAGUUGCCUCAUCCCCUCCACCUCCACAAAUUUUGUCUCCUCCGCCUCCAAAUCCAAAAUCAAAGACUCCACAACAACCAAAGGCUUCUUCUCCAAACCCACCAAGUCCAAAACCAGCUCCUACACCAAAACCUUCUAACUCAUCUCCUUCACCAGCACCUUCUAAGUCAGUAAAACAGAGUCCACCACCAUCAAAGUCCACACCUUCGCCCCAAGCACCAGUUUCUUCAUCACCUCCUCCUGUUCAAUCACCGACUCCACCACCAGUUAUCCACUCUCCAAGUCCCACACCUAAACCUUCUAAGCCAAAUCACUCACCCGCACCUUCUCCCGAGCCAAUGAAAUCAACUCCACCACCACAGAAAUCUACCCCAUUACCCUCACCACUGGUUCAGUCGCCACCACCAUCUGCAGUCCACUCACCGCCUCCACCAGUUUCCUCCCCACCACUUCCUGUCCUCUCACCCUCUCCACCAGUUUCUUCUCCACCACCUCAAGUCCACUCACCACCUCCACCUGUUUUCUCCCCACCACCACCAGUCCACUCACCCCCUCCACCAGUUUCCUCCCCACCACCUCCACCUGUUUUCUCCCCACCACCACCAGUCCACUCACCACCUCCACCUGUUUCCUCCCCACCACCACCACCAGUCCGCUCACCACCUCCACCUGUGUCCUCCCCCCCACCACCGGUGCACUCACCACCUCCACCAGUUUUCUUCCCACCACCACCAGCGCAUUCACCCCCUCCACCAGUUUUCUCCGCACCACCACCAGUGCAAUCUCAACCACCACCGACUCCAGUCUUGUCUCCACCACCUCCAGUGCAGUCACCGCCACCACCAACCACAUUUGAAGACAUCCCGCUCCCACCAAACUUGGGCUUCCAGUACGCAUCCCCACCACCACCAAUUUUCCCAGGCUAUUAAA